UUUCCUGUACACCGGACGUGAGCACGGGAACAGACGGAACACGUGAAAAAGAAGUAAAAACACGGCCGGGGAGAUGGACAGCACGGAGGCGCCCAAAAAGCAGGACAAAGGCAAGAAAAAGAAGACGAAGAAGCCGAAGAAAGACAGCACAGCUCAAGGCGAGAAUGGCGACGCCAGCGCCGCUGAGAAAGCAGAGGGCGGACAGGCUGACAGCAGCUCGCAGGGAGCCGCCUUCCCCCCCACUUUCAGCCUGUCGGAGGUCAAGAAUAAACAGCGCAGACACCUCAUGUUCAUGAAACUCAAGCAGGAGAAAAGAAAGCAAAAGAUGCAGCUGAAGAAAAAGAGGAGAAAAGAAAGGGAGGCUUUAGGUGACAAGGCACCACCUAAAGAAGUCCCCAAAACGAUAGAGAACCAGAGGGUGUACGACGAGACAACAGUCGACCCGGAGGAUGAAGAGGUUGCCUUUGAUGAGGGAACUGAUGAAUUCUCUGCCUACUUCAACCGGCUGACUAACCCCAAAGUGCUCAUCACAACAUCGGACAGACCCAGGGGGAGGACGGUGCGGUUCUGUGAGCAGCUGGCCACAGUAAUCCCAGACGCCCAUGUGUACUACAGAAGAGGCUUGGCCUUGAAGAGAAUUAUCCCGCAGUGUGUUGCCAGGGGCUUCACAUAUCUCAUGGUGAUCAACGAGGAUCGCAAAGUGCCCAAUGGCAUGGUUCUCUGCCACCUCCCCGAUGGGCCCACGGCACACUUCAAAGUCAGCAGUGUUCGACUACGCAAGGAAAUGAAGAGGCGAGGCAAGGAUCCAACCAUGCACAGCCCAGAGGUGAUCCUCAACAACUUCUCCACGCGUCUGGGCCACACGAUUGGCCGUCUGUUUGCUGCGCUUUUCCCACACGACCCUCAGUUUGUGGGCCGGCAGGUCGCCACCUUCCACAACCAGAGAGACUUCGUCUUUUUCAGAUUCCACAGGUACAUCUUCAAGAAUGAGAAGAAAGUUGGCAUUCAAGAGCUCGGACCCCGCUUCACCCUCAAACUGCGCUCGCUACAGAAAGGCACCUUCGACUCAAAGUUUGGAGAGUAUGAGUGGGUUCUCAAGCGCCAUGAAAUGGAUGCCUGCAGAAGAAAGUUCCAGCUUUGAAUAUGUAGUAAUGGAUGUCCUUCAUGGUCAGACAUGGGUUCUCUCAUCCGUUACCCACGAUGUCACAGCUGCUUGUGUGUGUGUGCACAAAUGGACUGUAUGACGGACGUCUCAGUUUGACAGCAGCCAGGUGGAAAUGGUCACACUUUGACACCAAUUUGAGAUUUGACUCUGAAUCGUGGAUGCCAUCAUAUUGCUGUAGGCUCACAUUUGCCUCUGAAUUUGUGUCUGCAUUGCUUUUGGGACUGGGCUGCGUCCAGAUGAGUUAAUUACUGGAAUUUCAGUGCAGUUCUAGGGAUGCGAUUCCAAAGAUCACAUUUCAUGAAACAAAAUCACCUUGCGUCCACACUUUUGUACACUUUGUGUCCUGUAGGUAGAUUUCUUAAAUCUGCUCAACUUUUUCACAGCCUCUCUUUGUUACCAGUGUGUGCAUCGUGGCUAGGCUGCAUCCACAAUGUAAUUCAGAAUCACAUUGUGAGCCUGUCUGCACUCUCAUCUGAAUUUUAAAAGGUGUGCACCAAGGACUAUUACUCGUGGCCAGAUGAUUUGUGUCUUUGAAACCUGUACACAUAAUCGUACACAAUAACAGUGUGGACCUGCUCUAAUUACUGUUAUAUUAGGUUCAUAUUUGUAUCCACACCUCUGCUUAAAGCUCCCCUCCACUGAUUGAUGUCUCCUGUCAUUUUCAAACUGUUUGAGAGAGCUAAGUGAUGUAUGAUUCUGACAGCCUCAGUCAAAAUGAGUGGAAAUACAGGCGCCACAUCACAUAUGCAGGGUAAUUUUUUUUUUUCCCUUCAACCUGCCAACACCAGAGUCUGUGUUGCCUGUAGCUGUGUGCCAGCUGUGGUUUCUGAUGAGAUUUCAAAGAGGCUACUUUGGAAAAUGGGUGUGAAAGCAUAUUAUGAGACAAGUGUAACCAUGGCCAGUUUUGACGUGUCAGCAGAGGGACUCUUGUACCGUCGACAUCUGACAACAUAUUUAACAGGUUUGUAAAUGCAAGUAAUUUCAUACUAAUAAAACAUGUACAUACAAGA